GGAGAGCGCGGCUGAGCGCGGCUAGCGUCGCGCCAGCGUAGCCGGCUGGCGCGGCCGGCGCGGCGGCGGCGGCGGGACCAGCGGGACGGACGGGCGUCCUCGGCGCUGCCGGUGGCGGCGUGUGGUGCCGUUGGUCGUGCCUUACCCAGCAUGCCCCGCGCGCGGCAGCAGUCCCCCACCCAUCCUCCGCGAGCCACUUGGUAGGGUGGAUAACACCCAUGCGUGUGACGCUAGAAGAUGGACAGCAGUUUUUUCGGUGGUGACUGAGCGGACCCGGCCCGAUGGAUAGUUGCUCCGAGAUGUACCUGGAAUAACUCUGCUGCGACGGUUUGCGUCCCUCUGUGCGGUAAUCUUUGGAACCAACGGCGGAGUGCAAGACGUUCUUAGGCCUAAUGUCAUGGGCUGUUUUGGAGGCUCGAGCUCAAAAAGCGACGCCGAAGAGGAUAAACGCCGGAAGGAGGCCAAUAAGAAAAUCGAGAAACAGAUUCAAAAGGACAAACAGAUUUAUAGGGCGACACACCGGCUGUUAUUACUAGGUGCUGGCGAAUCUGGAAAGAGUACAAUAGUGAAACAGAUGAGAAUACUCCACGUCAAUGGUUUUAGCGAGGAAGAGAAGAAACAAAAAAUAGAAGAUAUCAAAAAGAACAUACGAGAUGCCAUCCUGACUAUCACAGGUGCCAUGAGUACGCUGGUUCCUCCAGUUCAACUACAGAAGUCCGAAAAUCAGUGGAGGGUGGACUACAUCCAGGAUGUAGCCAGCUCCCCGGACUUCGACUACCCUGCCGAGUUCUACGAGCACACGGAGAUCCUCUGGAAGGACAAGGGCGUCCAAGCUGCAUUUGAACGCUCAAACGAGUAUCAGCUAAUUGACUGUGCUAAAUAUUUCCUUGACAGAGUGGCUACCAUUAAGCAGCUGGACUAUACACCGAACGAGCAGGACAUCCUACGAUGCCGUGUAUUAACCUCGGGAAUAUUUGAGACAAAAUUUCAAGUAGACAAGGUCAACUUCCACAUGUUUGACGUGGGAGGCCAAAGGGACGAGAGGCGCAAGUGGAUUCAGUGCUUCAACGACGUAACGGCCAUCAUCUUUGUGACGGCCUGCAGCAGCUACAACAUGGUGCUCCGUGAGGACCCCAACCAGAACAGGCUUCGGGAGUCCCUUGACUUGUUCAAGAGCAUCUGGAACAACAGGUGGUUACGGACAAUAUCUGUGAUCCUGUUCCUUAACAAGCAGGAUUUGCUAGCGGAAAAAAUCAAGGCUGGCAAGUCUAGGUUAGAAGAGUACUUUCCAGAAUUUGCACACUACCAAACCCCUUCGGAUGAACCACGGUUAAAUCCGUUUCAACCCGGAACUCCACACACCGUCAUAGAGACAGGAGAAGAUCCCGAAGUCAUUCGAGCAAAGUACUUCAUCCGAGACGAAUUCCUGCGCAUCAGCACAGCCAGUGGCGAUGGCAAGCACUACUGCUACCCACACUUCACCUGUGCCGUGGACACGGAGAACAUCCGCCGCGUAUUCAACGACUGCCGAGACAUCAUCCAGAGGAUGCACCUCCGCCAGUACGAGCUCUUGUGAUGUGCACUUGCUCCCCUUUUCUUCUCUCCCUGUUAUUUUUGCCUUCUUUCCCUCGGACCUUUCCCUCUAGUCUCUGUUUCUCUGCUCAUCCAGAUGGCCCCCCACCCGAGCCCAUUUUCCUGUGUUGCGUGUCUGUGUGUGUGUGACUGAGUGACUGAGCGAGCGAGUGUUGAGCAGCUGUGGUGCAGCCUUCUGUUUGGUUUGGCCCCUCGUGAGCUUUUGCCCUUAAACUCGGACAUUGCUGCUGCCCCCUUCUCCACUGCCCCUCGUUGGCCAGGGGGCCCCCUGUGUGUGCACUGCCAUGGCAACACAGUCACAUGUUACUGCUCCUUUCCUCUUCUGACUUUCCCCUUUUCUGUCUGCUACCAGAGUAUGCCAGGACUGGCAGCCAGGAGUGCACUUUGGUUUGUUUUACGUUUGCUCUCUCUUUUUGGGAGAGACAGUUUAUCACUGCCUGCGUUUACCUGGUGGCCGCCCCAUCACUGGCCGAGUCUUUGACGAGGCGUGCUUGUGGGACUUCCCCGUGGUGAGGUGCCAGGCCUUGCGGGGAAGCUGGCAGCAUAGCUCGAGGACUGAAACUGUGCGGGGCAACUGUUGCAAAAUUCCUGUCACAAGCGUCUGCCAUGUGGGCAAAUUCCGCGGCCGGAACGCUUAUCCAGCAGUGUGUUGGCUUCUUGAAACAUGGCCGGCAAACAGUGUAUAAACUUGUCUUGCUUCAGGCUUUUUUUUUUGUUUUUGUUUUUGCUGGUAAAUUGUUUUGAGAGGCAUUUUAAAGCACUUCCCUUUUUUCUUGGGAGCAUCUUUUGAGUGGCAUCAGGGGAUGGGCACCACCAAGUGUGGGGGUCAAGGGGGCAAACCAAUUUCCUGUCUUUGGUUUUAUUUUUGUUUGUUUUGUUGUAAGUAGGCAUCUCUGGUGUGCUGGUUGUGUGUGUUUGCAAUUUUAGUGCUCUUUUUAAAUUAUUGAGGCGUUAGAGUUGUCAGUGGCCAUUGCUCUUAGAAGUAAAAUGUUGUGCAGCCAGCCUGGUGGAGGGUAGAGGAAGGGGCAGGAACUUUCUGUGAACCUUGGCUAGACUCCAGUGGCAGGCUGGGGUGGAGGGCUUCCCAGACACCGGGACGCUCGCAGACGUCCCAACUGCGCUGCUUUGUGGCUGCCAGCUUCUUGGUUUCAGCUUUUUUUUUUUUUUUUUUAAUGGCUCUAAGUCUGCGGUACUGUUGCUGGUGCAGGUUCAAGAACCUGAUGGCUUCCAUUUGCAACUGUUACUGCUCGUUUUAUGUUCUUCAAAGUCUGGCACACAUUUUAAUCUGGAAUGGUACCCUUUGCGCAUUGUGCCAUAUUACUGGGCUUUAAUCUACAACAUGUAACGGCACAAUGGUGGUAAUGCUUUAGUCAUGGCCUCAAUUCGGGAUUAAAUCGCCAACCGACCUGGACCAGGUUCCUUGGGGUCACACUUUGUUUGUGUCAGCUUCUGUUCGCAUGUGCUUCUAUGCCCAAAGUAGUGGAACAGAUCCCUUGUCAGAGUCCUGCAAAGUUGCGCUUUCGUCUGCCCAUGUGCAUGCAACUCUUAAAUUGCUCCAUUGUUAGACCAAAAUAUACAAUAUACAUACAUCUGAUUGCUGUAACACAGUGUGUUCCCAUCUCGGAGAUUUAGCAACCUUAAACUUCCUAUGCAUCUUCACUGACUGAUCGGAGCAAAAAGUCUCUUUGUAGAUGGAUAAUGUUUUUUUGUUGUUUUUUUUUUUUCACAAGAACACUGUGUUACAGAAGUUGUUAUUGACAUUGAUGUACUGCUCAUUAUCGUCAUCCUUUUGGAAGCUCGGCCAGUUUGGAAGUGGUAUUUGUGAAGUUUCAUCGCACGAUAGAAGCGGUAGUGAUACCCGGUAGGGAUUAACGUGUUGCUGCUUGUCUGAAAUUAAAGAAAAUUGUCCUGCUCAACUUAGUACACAGCUGGCAAUAGAUCUGCACUUUUGACUCGUUGAUUCUUUGAAGAAGUGACACUCUAGGCAUUGAAGAGCCGUGCCGGCUCACACGAGCCUACUGGAUUUUCCGGGAGGCCCUGGGCUAGACCGAAACCCCGAGGAUUUGGUCCUUUGUGCUCCUCUGGCCGAUUGCUCGGGGCACCUCGGGUAUGAGCAGCUAAACUGCCUACACGGUUGCUGGAAAGACGUGCCAGUGCCACGUGGCUGGGGGCAGUGCUUCUGCCGGUCUAGCUGCACCUGUCACAACAGUGCUCCUUCCUCUCCCUCCAGUGGUGUGUUGGUGCAACAGUGUAAAUAGUAUCAUGGUGGCUUGCAGAUGUAGUGGAGAAGGGAAGCCCAUGGAGGACCUCUUGGGAGUGACUGGCGAAUCUGGGGGCACCUUUGUAGUACAGCUGGGGGGGACGCGCCCCCAGGGUUUGAUUUACAUGCUCUGUAGUGGAACCUGUCCCCGCAGUUGGUCACCCAUGGUUUUUGUACUUCUCAGAUAUGAAGAAAAACAUUUAUCUGGGGUUCUGCUCUUUUGGCCGAAUUUUGACAAGCCCCUGCCCCUCUUUUUGUGGUUUUCUCCUGUGUGCAAUGUGACCCUCAUUCUCAAUCAUUGCAUUUAUGAUUGAGCGCGAUGCAAACAGUGACAAAGUGCCCCGAAGUGAAUAACAUUUUUUGUUCUGCUUUUUUUAUUAACGGCGCACAAACUCCGGGAGGUAGACAGUGCUGUGUGUUGUUGCCGGCUUCAUCUUGGUUCGUUGGGGACUCUCAGUCGGCCAUGGCGUGCAACCAGGCUGAGGCAAAAUCGCUGUCCGUCCCUGGACUUGCUGAGUGUGUUGUGCCGUGUUUUCCUAGCUUCCCGUAUUUUUUUUUUUUUUUAUUAGCAAGACUGCGCGCAUGUGAAUGUGUGUGUGCAGGAGAUCAUGGGUGGCGCUUGAUGGUUAUGAUUUUCUUUGACCCUGCUCCCAUAUUUCUCUUUCCUUGGCUUUUUUUUUUUUUAAUUUAAUCCCAUAAUUUGUACAGAUCCAGAGGAAUUUCAGAAAAUGCAAAAAAAAAUGUUGAAAAGUUACAAAAAAAAGCAAGUGUUGUUCCGUACCCAAGUAGGCUCAACUGUUGGAUCUUUCCUUUUUUUCUUUUGUAUUCUAAAGAAAGGCAUUGUGUUUGUUGUGUAACUUCUGCGCACUUGUCUGUUUUUACUUGGCGAUAAACCUGAACACAAAAGAUGAAUUUGAGUUGUUUUUUUCUGAACAUGAGCUGCAUACAUUUGUAGUCAUUUUGGCAUUUAAACUGCCUUGUGCAUGGAAUCAAAAGCAGCCCAGCAGAUUCAGUGGUUUGUCUGGGGUGUUUUACAAUUGAUGUGAGUUUGUACACGGGGUAAUAGCAGAGUGUGCGACACUGCGUGCCUCAAGAUUGAUCGCAAAUGCUGUGACAAUGUUGGCAACUGUCGGUAGGGAAAGAAAAAGUGCAAAACCUCACACUUCUUUUUUUCUUGCGAAUAGUAGUGACAUAGACAAGUGAAUCUGUAUGUGCAAAUUAAGCAGUAUGUCUACUUUCUCCUUCAUACUGUUUGCAGUCAAAAACAGUGUGUAUGUUCGUAAUACUUCAUUUUGAUAGUAAGUAUAAGUUGUUGGAGUAAUUUGUACAAUCGUGCUAGUUGUGAAGGGGCACUGGAGGCAGCUUUGUGCGAAGCUGUGGGCAUCGUCGGAGGCAAGCCGCAAGGAGCCACAUGCCGAGUGGCCCAGUCCCGUUCCAUUACUUUACUGCAGUCUACCUCCAUGGUGCCUCUAGUUGUGUGCAACUGCAUUCUUGCAUUUCCUUUUGUAUCUGGCACGAUUGUACGUACCAGUCAUUUUAAAAUGUUAUAGGGAAGGUGUAAGGAGGACAGUCUGUCCUUUUGUCCAUUUUAUGUUCUUGCCUACAACAUUGAAUCGUUACCGACAUGCUCUUCAACUCUUAGUCAUUUUUGUUGUAUGGUGUUUUACCUUUGCUUUUGUUCCAGGUCAAUAACGCACAGGUCCAGAUUCCAAAAUUUUGUUCUCUACAACCUAUGCCAAAAUCAUCACAACACUGUAUCGUCCCAACUCCUUGCCUAUGUUAACUACCGGCAACUUUGAGGGCCUCGAUUCUGUUUAAAGCUGGAGUUUUGUGUUUCUUUGUGUACCUUGGGCAAGUGCAUGUUGUUAUGCAGGAUGGAAGAAGUAUUUCACACAGUUUUCCUUAUUAAAAAGAAAUGACAUUUAAUAAAGCAUAGACUUCGUUUUUA